CGUUGCAGCGCCUCGGCGUAGGGAGAGUCGGGUAGCAGCAUCUUCCCGGGCGCCGCUUUCGCGCGGCGGCGGGGGCUUCCUCUGCCCCGAUUCCUCCUUGGCCAGAAGCGGCUGGUGUCGGGGGCGAGGCGGGCAAAGGAGCGCUGCCGGACCCCGGUUCCUUUGCCGAGAGCUGUGUGUAUAGGAUCCUUCCGGACCAGUCCGAGGCUGCGGAGCGUCGGGGACUGCCGGCAAUGCCCGCCGGGGCAUCCUCUGGGUGAUGGAAGAAGCAGCUGCCGCCGCCGCCGCCGCCGCCGCUGCUGCUGCAGGGUCGCGCUGCGCCCCAUUCACCGCCACCAGAGAGAUGGGAAGAUUCGUAGCGCGGAGGCCGAGAGCGAGAGAGGCGGAGCCGCUUUGCCUGGAGCUGGGUCCCGUAUAAGCCCCCUCCCCCCUCCAACCUCCCCCAGCGGGCUUCGCCCCCCGGAGCGAGGGAGGAAGCUGCGAUCCCGAGAAGGCGCAGGAGACGCUGCUAGAGCCGGGCGCGCUGGGCUCAGCAGAACGCGGAGCAGAGCUCCGGGCCCAGUGAAAGUUUCCCUUCCCGAGCCGCAGGGCGUCCGCUGCCCGGAAACUGCUCAGGGCUUGGGCUGCAGAGUCCCGCGGCCUCCUCGAAGGCACGGGGACCCCCAGCAGAAGACAGCGCGCGAGAAAUCGGGGAAGGAGUAACAGCAGGACAGACCGCUGGGCUGCGAUCCGGGACCGAUCCGGGUCGCGCCGGCGGCUCCAGGUCCUUCUCCGAGCCGCUGCCAUGGGAGAGCCAGCUCUGGGCGCCGGGGACCAGCCGCCGCUGCUGCCACGCCCGCCUCGGAGCCGCGGACCCAGUCCCCGCGCCCGAAGCCGGCCCGCUGCGUCCCACUCCCGGGCUGCAGGGCCGCCUCCACCGCGCCGCCGGCCGGGGCUGUGCCUGUGAUGAGCCGCAGCCCGCUGCGAGCCCUGCCCCCGGGCGCGCCCCCCGGGUUGCUCCCGGCCGCGCCUGCAGCCGCGGCGCGCGCCCUGCUCCCGCCGUGGCCCCGGCGGCCGGGCCGCCGCUGGCCCGCGUCCCCGCUCGGAAUGAAGGUGUUCCGCAGGAAGGCGCUGGUGCUGUGCGCGGGCUAUGCGCUGCUGCUUGUGCUCACCAUGCUCAACCUCCUGGACUACAAGUGGCACAAGGAGCCGCUACAGCAGUGUAGUCCCGACGGGCCGUUAGGUGCCGCGGCGGGGGCGGCUGGCGGCGGCUGGGGGCACCCGGGCCCUCCUCCAGCCGUGUCGCGCCAUGCACACACCCGCUUGGAUCCCCGAACCCUGUACCGUCCUCUCGUCGCCGCCGUCGGGGCGGCUCCUGCAGCCGCGGCGGGGGCCGCUGCCCCUUCCGGCAAUAGCACCCGAGGCACCGGGGGCAGCGAAGACAAGCGGCAGUUGGUGUACGUGUUCACCACCUGGCGCUCAGGCUCGUCCUUCUUCGGCGAGCUUUUCAACCAGAACCCCGAGGUGUUCUUCCUCUACGAGCCAGUGUGGCACGUGUGGCAAAAACUGUACCCAGGGGAUGCCGUUUCCCUACAAGGGGCAGCCAGGGACAUGCUGAGCGCUCUCUAUCGCUGCGACCUCUCGGUCUUCCAGCUGUACAGCCCCGCUGGCAGCGGGGGGCGCAACCUCACCACGCUGGGCAUUUUCGGUGCGGCCACCAAUAAGGUGGUGUGUUCUUCGCCGCUCUGCCCUGCGUAUCGGAAGGAGGUCGUGGGGUUGGUGGACGAUCGCGUGUGUAAGAAGUGCCCACCUCAGCGCCUGGCGCGCUUCGAGGAGGAGUGCCGCAAGUACCGCACGCUAGUCAUCAAGGGUGUGCGUGUCUUCGAUGUGGCCGUGCUGGCGCCGCUGCUGCGCGACCCUGCCCUGGACCUCAAGGUCAUCCACUUGGUGCGCGAUCCCCGAGCUGUGGCCAGCUCACGCAUCCGCUCGCGCCACGGUCUCAUCCGUGAGAGCCUGCAGGUGGUCCGGAGCCGGGACCCGCGAGCCCAUCGCAUGCCCUUUCUGGAGGCCGCCGGCCACAAGCUUGGCGCCAAGAAGGAGGGUGUGGGUGGCCCGGCAGACUACCACGCGCUUGGCGCUAUGGAGGUCAUCUGCAACAGCAUGGCGAAGACCCUGCAGACGGCCCUGCAGCCCCCCGACUGGCUGCAAGGCCACUACCUGGUGGUGCGGUACGAGGACCUGGUGGGAGACCCUGUGAAGACCCUACGGAGGGUGUAUGACUUUGUGGGACUCCUGGUGAGCCCUGAAAUGGAGCAGUUUGCCCUGAACAUGACCAGCGGUUCCGGCUCUUCCUCUAAGCCUUUCGUGGUGUCUGCACGCAACGCCACGCAGGCCGCCAAUGCCUGGCGGACCGCCCUCACCUUCCAGCAGAUCAAACAGGUGGAGGAGUUUUGCUACCAGCCCAUGGCUGUGUUGGGCUACGAGCGCGUCAAUAGCCCCGAGGAGGUGAAAGACCUCAGCAAGACCCUGCUCCGCAAGCCACGGCUCUGAGAGGGCUUCCCAAGAGACGUGACUCGGUGUGGGAGACACCCAUUACCAGAUUGUGGUGUGUUUAAACAAAAACAGUUCUGACCCAAACUGAGGAAGCUCACAUAUUCUGUUAUAGAUCUAUAAUAUAAGUAACCACAGAGGCACUUGCUGUCAGUGUUCUGAGUCAUUGCAUUCCAAGGGACAGUCACAAUACACACACAUUUCAGAAACGGCAAGACUUGAAUGUUCUGACCAGCUACCCUCCUGCCCCCUCCCCUGCCUUUUCUCUCUCCCCCUUUCUUCCAUGUCUUACCUUCUCCAUUACCUGUCCUCCAUUUUGAAGUGGGAUGUUGAUUAGAUCAAGAUCCGGUAACUCAAAUCUUGUUUACAAAAUUUUUGUGUUAUCUGUGAAAAUGUAAAAGAGUAAUUUGGAUGUGGGGGUUGGAAUAGAGAAAGGGGAAGUGGUCCCGGAGCAAAAAGCCCCGUUGGGCAUGAUAAACCAAGGAGGCAUCCUUUUAAAGUAGACUUUUCUGUAAAAAACAAAGGUUCUAUGUGAGUAUUAAUAAAGAAGAUAAUAAAUAAUAUUCUUUUAUAUUUGCCUCCAUUA